AAACUCGAACUGACCUCCCCGGCUAUGUCUCAUUUUCCUCUCCCAUAACCACCUCUCUCUCACGUCCUCAGUUCCCCGAUGCGCCGCCGCCGCUCGGCCAACGCCGGCUGCAUCCGCCGCCUCCAUGCACCGAGUGAGCUGCGUCUUGGGUCCCUCCACCGGAUCCCUACCCGCGCCCCGCCGUUCGGCCCCUGAGCGCGACGCCGCGGCUAACCCUAGCCAUGGGGUUCCGCAGGGUCGCCGCCGCAAUUACCGCGCCACCGCGCCUCCUGCUUCUCUCCUUUGCCGAGCGACUUGGCGCCAACCGCGACGAGCCCUCGCACGACGACCUCCUCCCUGUCCUGCACGGAGGGCCCAUGCUGCACCCGCCGUGGCCGCCCUCGAGGACCGCAGCAUCGCCAGGGACCACGACAUCCAGGGCUUCCCCGUCGACAACAAUCGGUCCGCAUGGAGCAUCGUCGACUAGACCACAUCGAGGCCGAGGCCCGCACCGUCACCGGCGCCGCGCUUCUUCAAGUCAAGGCACAUGUAAUCCUAGGGUGGAGGGUUCUCGCCGAAGCGGCUACGUGCGAUGCUGCUGGGCGUGGAGAGGCGGCACAAGGACGCCGGCACCGGGAACGACGACGGCGGGGAGCAGGAGGAGGAGUACGGCGCGGUGCCCAUGGCCUCUGUCAGAUCCGACUCCGACGCGCGCAGAGGAGACACCAUAUCCAAAGAAUACAAGGACGUGGACAUGGUGAGCACCAUGUCAGGAUCAUCAGCGGACACCGAUUGAGAGACGCCCACUCUAUGGGCUCGAGGUUCAGGGUGCCCGAGGAGGACUCGUGUGACUCCGAGAGCGUGGCAUCCAACUUUGAGUUCCACAAGGUGCGAGGGGCCUCCGCUCGGUCGGCGCCCGCAGCGGCGGUUCCACCGUUCUCGAAGCACCCGCCCUCGAAGUGGGACGAUGCCCAGAAAUGGAUCGCCGGCCCGACGACGAACCGUCCUAGUAGGGCCUGCAAUGGAGCUUUCCCGAGGAAGAUGGAGAAGAGUGGUUUUGGUGGUGGGAGGCUGCCGGCAACAAAGGUUGUGCUGGAGGCAACAAAGGUUCUACAUUAUCCCGCAAAGUGAUCCCACACGACAUAAUUGCCAAGCUAGGCCUCACUGUUUAUUCAGAAGGAUUACAUGAUAUGCCUAUUUAAUCACCGUAAUAGAUUUUUCCUAUGAAAAUUUGUGUCCCCAUCCAUGAAAGACAAGAGGGGAUGUCUUCUUUACAGUACGUUGACAGUAUAGUUGACAAGCUGACAAACAAUUACAUAGUAGAUGAAGGCCCAUUUAAAUAAAAGUUUUGCUUUUCACACUGUUCUUAGUUUAUUCAAAAAAACGCGUAUUAUAUCAGGACGUGUUGAUCAUGAACCAUUUACCUUUAUUCCUCAAGAUCAGAAAAUAUAGUUUCUUAUGAAAAGACCAUACAUGGAAGGCAGGGAGUGGAUUAGAAACAAACACUGAUGUCUUUUCUAAUGAUUCAUAGUCCAACAUUCAUUAUUGUUUGUAAUUCUUUAAUUCUGCAGGCCUGGAAGAUUUUACCUGCAGACCCGGUCAGGCACAACCAACAUCAGGAAAGAACGGGAGAAAUAUGUUCCACUUGUCCUGCUGAAGUGUGCGCCAAGUCUUCAUGUGAUCAAAUUUUCCAGCGUAGUAUCAUAACCUGGUAUUACCACUCGCAUGUAGUAUGCCUUCUGAUGCUCUGAAAUAGAGUACCAUGUAGGAGCUCUGGUAGAUGCAAAGUAGAGUACUGUAUCACAUAAAUCCAUCAACUUCACAGAAAAAAACUUCAUGCAUCGAAGUUUGUGCGUGACAACUGAAAGUUUAGGAUGCUAUUGUUUGAGAAAUGAGAGAAAAAUGACAUAUGUUACUAUUCCUCAUCAGGAAGGACAAAGAUUGUGGUAAAGUUUUGAGAUUCAAAACGUUGAGAUUAUAUUGGUCCCUGAACUAACUUGGUGGAGCUUUCGUACGCUCAGGAAGGAUAAAAUAUUCUUGACCAUGGUCUGCCACGUUCUCUUCCUAGAUUUUAAAG